AUGGGUGACUUCAAUGCAUUACUACAACAGGAAAACAAAAUUGGAGGGAACCAAGUAGCACUUAGUGAGUUGGUUGACUUUCAGGACUGUAUUGAUAAAUGCAUACUUAUGGAGUUACCAAAUAAUGGAUACAAGUACUCAUGGAAUGACAAGCAGGGGGCUAAUAGAAUCUUCUCAAAAAUAGAUUGGGUAUUUGUUAAUGGAAAAUGGAUAUAUACAAUGCAACAAUAUAAAACUCAUGCACUUCCAGAAGAGGUGAGAGACCGCUGUCCAUUAGUAGUAGAGAUGAUCCAGACACAGGGUGUAACUGCACAAGAGGUCAAGAAAGCAAUAUUCGGUAUCAAUUUCAAUAAGAGUCCUGGUCCUGAUGGGUAUGGAGCAGGGUUCUAUAAAGAUGCAUGGAGAAUGGUUCGCAAAGAUAUCACUGGUGCUGUUAUAGAAUUCUUCAGCAAUGGACAAAUGCUCAAUCAACUUAAUGCAACUAUGAUAACUUUCAUACCUAAGGUUUUGUGUAACAGGCUUACUGAGGUGCUUCCGACCAUAGUAAGUGAAAAUCAAGUAGCAUUUGUGAAGGGAAUGUCAUUAGUUCAUAAUGUUCUUAUGUGCAGUGACUUACUAAGACACUACAAUAGGAAAACUAUACCCAGAUGUCUAAUGAAGAUUGCCUUAAGGAAGGCGUAUGAUAUGAUACAAUGGGAGUUCAUUGAAGAGAUGUUAAAGGGUUAUGGCUUUCCUCCAAAGUUUAUUCAGUUGAUCAUGGCGUGUAACAAUAACAAAGUUCCCAGUGAAGGUUAA